CACAGCUGCUCGGCAGUAAACCGCACAGGGAGUCUGGAGCUUAGGUGCUGAUGGUAGAAAAAGGCAGCAGGCUGAUGAGGCUCAGAGACAACUUGAAGGGCUGGCUGUUUGAGCAAAAAGCGGAGAGUAAGCUAUAAUUGGCCAAGUCAGUGGUGACACUCAACCUAUUAUCUCGUGGUUUCUGACAAGUUCCUGGUUUUCAUCUGCUCUUGAAGACAAACAAGAACUCUGUGUGUAACAGUCUUAAUUGGAAGCCCACAGUGAGACAUUCUGAAAUGAGAGCUGCCCACUUGCAGAGGAAGCUCUAGAGGCAGGAUCAUCUGUAAAGAAAUACUCUGGCCACUUCAAGAUGACAAGCAUUCACUGAAAAUUACUUCAUUGAAAAGAAACUUCAUACAAAAAAUUUUUAAAGUCUGUAGAACUCGGUAUGCACUCUGUACUUGCUGCACAUCUCCAUCUGGAGCGGCCACAGGUCCAGGGCUCUGCAUGUGGCCGUGGCUCCGUACUGAACAGGGCAGACUGAAAAUGCGCUGUGAAAGCAUUUCUUAGAAGGUCUACGGCCGCUCCUUCAGAAGUCGCAAAAUGUUGAAUUCCACCACCUCUCAGCCUCCUGCGGAGUCCUGCUCCCAAAACCCCGUCAUAACACAGCAAAUCAUUCCUGUGCUUUACCUGCUGGUCUUCAUCGCGGGUGUGCUGCUCAACGGCGUGUCGGGGUGGAUCUUCUGCUACGUGCCCAGCUCCAAAAGCUUCAUCGUCUAUCUCAAGAACAUUGUGGUUGCCGACUUCCUGAUGAGCCUGACCUUCCCCUUCAAGAUCCUCAGCGACUCGGGCCUGGGCCCCUGGCAGCUGGGCGUGUUUGUAUGCCGGGUGUCGGCCGUGCUCUUCUACGUCAACAUGUAUGUCGGCAUCAUGUUCUUUGGGCUCAUCAGCUUCGACAGAUAUUACAAAAUCGUGAAGCCUCUCCUGACUUCUUUCAUCCAGUCGGUGACUUACAGCAAACUCCUGGCAGUGACGGUGUGGCUGCUGAUGCUCCUGCUCGCUGUCCCCAACAUUAUCCUGACCAACCAGAGUGCUAAGGAUGGCACACAUGUAAAAUGCAUGGAGCUUAAAAACGAACUGGGACUCAAGUGGCACAAGGCAUCAAACUACAUCUUCGUGGGCAUCUUCUGGAUUGUGUUCCUUCUGCUAAUCGUUUUCUACACUGCCAUCACAAGGAAAAUCUUCAAGUCCCACAUGAAGUCCCGAAAGAAUUCCAUUUCCGUCAAGAGGAAAUCCAGCCGCAAUAUAUUCAGCAUCAUGCUAGUAUUUUUUGUCUGCUUUGUACCUUACCACAUUGCCAGAAUCUCCUACACACAGAGCCAAACAGGAGCCCCUUUCAGCUGCCAGUCCAAGGAAAUCUUGUACUAUGUGAAAGAAUUCACUCUGAUACUGUCAGCAGCAAAUGUGUGCUUAGACCCCAUUAUUUAUUUCUUUCUAUGCCAGCCAUUUAGAGAAAUCUUGUGUAAGAAAUUGCACAUCCCACUAAAAGCUCAGCAUGACCCAGAAACUUCCAAAACCAGGAGGGGAAAUGCGAUGCACGAAAGCACAGAUACGCUGUGAUUUCCCACCUUUCAAAUGAGGUCCCUGUGUGCGUGUUGUAACUUUCAUUUACACAAUGAGAGGAGUAAAUGGGGGAAGGCCGUGAUAGUAAGCAUCGUCACUGAGCAUUACUCUCCAAUUAGUAUAAUAAUUAAAACAUAAGUUUCCAUGCUUUUGUGUGACAUCAAAGAAAAAAUAAUACAUACAUUUUUCAAUCAUACCAAAAUAGAAGGUUUAAAUUAAACACUCAUCUGGUCAGUUAAUAUAGAAUUUUAAGCAGCAAAUAAGAAAAUAGACAGCAAUCAAGACAAUUCUCAGGAGUGUGUUUCCUCUCUAAAUGCAAUAAUUAAGUUAGUAAGUUAUGGGCAGUUUUUUCAACAGGAUCAUCAAGACCAACUUAAAGGCAGGCAACAGCUAGAGGCCUGUUGUAGUGAGGGAGUCAAGCUGUCUGAUUUGAAGGAGAAAAAGGAGACACCCACUGAUCUAUCUCAUGGCAUUUCAAAGGAAAGUAGAUAUAAAUUAUGUACUUUGCAAUAAAAAAUGUAAUUUUUUUCUGAUAGUUUUUUGAGGAUGAUAUAAAUACAUUUUUAAUAACGUCCUCUGCAGAGAUUGGUUAAGCCACUUCAUGAGCCUGGUGUUCCGGUGUUAGAGUAUUUUUAAAAGUGGGCUCAAGCCCUGGCUGGUUUGGCUCAAUGGAUAGAGUGUUGGCUUGUGGACUGAAGGG